AUGGAGCUAGUCGACAUCAGCUGGACACAGGGACCUUCGAACGUGCCACGAGGAGGGAGUCAGCGCAGACAGACGCGCGACCUUUUUCUAACCGCCAAGUUGUGGAACAAAGCGGCCGUCGACGGAUGGCUACCGACGCAGGAGCUCGUUAGCUAA